AUGCUGGCUUCUUUGCUUCGCCCAAGACCGCGGCGCAACCAAAUCGACCAGACCUCGUUUGCCUCGCCUUUCAACCCCAGUGACAGCAAUAGCUCGCCCUGGUUCCGAGCGGCGGCGCAACGGGGUGGUCGACGCGCUCGGAGACCCACUACCUACGACGCGCCCGAGCUUCAGGAUGUGUAUGAGGAAGAUGUGGACGUGGACGAGGAUGAGGACUGGCGGGAUGAAGAUGAGGAUGAGGACGAUCAACCCAUUGAGUCGACGCCCCUUCUGCCAAUCUUCUCUGCCUCAGUGUUAGAUGCGCUCCCCGUCUACGAUAUCACCCAUGCCAUUCGCCCACUGAUUGCCUCGCGCUGCGAGACUACCCUGACAUGGGACCAGUUGCGCUCCCCGCAGGUCUCGCAAUUCCUGAUCAAACCAAUCCAACAAAAAAUCAUGUCCGCACAUCUUUCGCGUGCGACACUCUAUGCCCUCAUGGCCAAUUGCCUUCAGUUCGAGAAAGAAAUUCAGCUCAAUCCCGGAAAUAGUGGUGCCAGUCAGACACGUGCGAUGGUGAGCGAGCUGCUGGCGAUUAAGCUGCUCCGGGAAUACUCGACGAGAGACUUGAUUGACGCGCUGUCCUAUGAGUUCUACCCUCUCCAGGGCCAGGAUUCGUCAACGGCAUGGAGCUCGGGUCUACGGGGAAAGCGUGGAAUGGGGACGGCACGGAUCUCAUGCCUCGAAGUGGCGAUUCGAGCUCAGGCCAAGCGAUUCCUGGCUCAUCCAGUAGUUGUCCAACAGCUGGAGGCCAUCUGGGCUGGGACGAUUGUCUUUCAUUCUGCUGCUGAUAACCUACAUCGCCGCGCGAACGGCCUAUCACGGCUUCGGGUGCCACGCUACCGACAGUUCCUGUCGACGGUCUCUUUCGCUGUGUUGCUGGGGCUCUUCCUGGCGGUCUUGGAAGAACGAAGCCGCCAGAUUACAUCCUUAGAAGUCGUUUUUUGGUUCUGGAGUACUGGCUUUAUGCUGGAUGAAGUGGUCGGUUUUAACGAGCAGGGAUUCAGUCUCUACCUAAUGAGUUUCUGGAACCUGUUCGACCUGGGGAUUCUGCUUCUACUCUUCUGUUAUUAUUGUCUGCGGAUCUAUGGUGCCUUCUUGACUUAUCCCCGCAACCAGCAAGUGGCCAACCUGGCAUACGAUGUGUUGGCGGCAAAUGCGGUCCUGCUCUUUCCGCGUCUCUUCUCAAUCCUUGAUCAUUAUCGGUACUUCUCGCAACUGCUGAUUGCGUUCCGCAUAAUGGCAUCCGAUCUGAUCGCAGUUUUCGUAUUGAUCAUCAUUGCAUGCAGCGGCUUCUUCGUUGCUUUCUUAUCCUUUGGUGAUGACAACUCCCCGAAGUCUGUUGCGUAUGGUUUGUUUCAAAUGCUGAUGGGCUUCACGCCGACUGCAUGGGCGAUGUGGGAAGAAUACAAUCUGCUGGGACGGACUAUAUUGACCGUCUUCCUCUUCAUUUGUCACUUCGUUGUCGUCACCAUUCUGAUCACAGUUCUCACGAACUCCUUCAUGCGAAUUGUUCAGAAUGCGAACCAAGAACAUCAGUUCUUAUUUGCUGUGAAUGCGAUCUCGAUGGUCAAGUCUGAUGCCCUCUUCUCCUACGUGGCCCCAGCAAACGUCAUCGCAUGGCUCGUUACGCCUUUCCGGUACGUGAUGCCGUUUCGUGAGUUCAUCCGACUCAAUCGAACCAUCAUUAAAAUCACUCAUCUUCCGAUCCUGUUUACCAUCUGCUUCUAUGAGAAGAUGAUUCUCAGUGCCAAAGUGAUCGAGCCGACAGAUCUCGUGGAGGCAAAUCCCAAUACAAGGGUACCUGACCCCACGCAAACCUGGCGACCGAGUCGAUUCCGAGCCUUCAGCACGAGGGCACCACGCCUAGUACGGGAGCCAUCUGUUGCCACCUAUCAGAAGGAUCAGGCAUUGGAAGAGGUUUUCCGACAGCCUUUUGGCGAGGAGCGGAUGCGAGAGCCUCCAAGCACCAUGCGCAAGCAGCAGACGAACAACGUGAUCAAGGACUGGAUGCAGGAGAUCGGGUCCGGCCCUGCACAUACUACCGACGAGCAAGAUUCCGCCGCCGAUCAUCUGGAGAUGCCGACUCGUCGACUUCCGUUUCCAUUCCGUAAGACGCUCACUGCACAUGGGCGUGACUUCACGGUGGCCACUCGCUCUGUGGCAUCCAACCCCGAGGAUCGAACCAGCCUUAUUGCCAGUCCAGCCUUCAACCACCAUCGAGGAGAUUCCGUUUCUCCCACACGCACCCGGCAGUUAUCGCAACAUACAGAUAUGGAGGGAGACGACGAGCUCACGUCCGAUGGUGGAGAAUCGCGUGAUGAGCCUUCCGAUAAGGAGAUUACCAGUGACGGCGAUCAGGCCGUUGGGAGCACAGAAAAAACCACCCCGAAAUUCUACAGCUCGCGGCCUUCCACAGCAAGGAUGCUAUCUCGUCGUGCCAGCCCUACUCGCCGGCCCAAGCAUGUUCGGAAUAUAUCCGGCGUCACCAUGCUCUACAAUCCUGUCGGAUCAUCCAACGAAGACACCGAGGGCCGAGCCACUCACCCUCGGCCCAACGAAGAUUCCUCAGACGACGAAACUGGCCGCUUGCCUCUGGUAUCGACAUCGGUCGAUCAGGGCACCAUCAAAAGACAUCCCGUCAAAGCGGCAGCUACACGCAACACUUCCGUUGGCCUGAAUCCGAUGUCUGUUCCCGAAAUCGAUGGUCUAUAUCUUACCGACCGCGCCCGAUCUGCUCGGCCGCAGCGAUCUCUCCUGUUCGAUCUUGGAUCUGAUUUGGGGGACAACAAGGCGGUGGUAGGUGCCUUUACCGGUGGUGUCCCCUCCAGCUUCAACACUCAGAUGGCGUUUGCGACUGGUAGGCUCCGGCGGGAUGGACCCAGCCAGACUCAAGACAUGCUCAGCAAGUUAGUUCUGGCCCGCAUGAAUAACAUCGAAGAAGGAUUCCGGGAGGUGAUUAAAGAGGUCAAGGACCUGCGACGGAAUGAGUCCAGUCGAAGCGGAAGUCGUAGUCGGACUGAUGAACGAGUGCGCGAGAAGAAGAAGCGCGUGGAGAAGAAGGACAAAGACGCGAAGAGGCACCGACCGCAAUCAGAAGAGAGUCGAAUCGGCCGUGACGGUCGUCCGUCCAGUGAGCUCAAGGAAACCGAUGAUGUUCCCCGAUCUGCUUGA